GGGAGAAAGGAGCCGUUCUUGUGACAACUGUUCAUAUGACAGGGAGGAAGAAGAAUGCAGUAGCAUUGGCAAAGUUAUGAGAGCAAAUCAUGCGCGAGAUCGGGCUGCAACGGAUCAACGCCAUUUGUACCGACAACGCGGAGGUAAACAAGAAGGCGGCCCAGAUCUUGGAGAGGCGGACAGAUAGAGAUGUUGCGAGGAUACCUUGGGUACCAUGCGGAGCGCACUGCUGCAGCUUGUUGUUGAAGGACCUGAGCAAUCUUCCAUGGGUGAAGGACACCGUGAAGACGGCCAACACCAUCGUCAAGUUCAUAAGGAACCAUCACGCUACCAAUGGUCUGAUGAUGACAAUCGAUGACUCGUUGACAUUGCUGCGCCCGACUGAGGUCCGGUUUGGGUCGGUGUACCAGAUGUUGCACAGGCUAUUGAACAGGGAGGAUGUGUUGAACGAGAUGGUGGAUGGCAAGUUUGCUGCGAGGUGGAGGGCUUUGAGGUGGUCAGGAGAGAAGUUGCAAAGAAAGGCAGACCUUGUCUACUUCACAUUGAGGACUGAGAGUUGGUGGGCGAAGGUCAAGAAAAUUGUGGCAUUCAUGGAGCCUGUGUACGGUUUGUUGAAAAGGAUGGACAAGGAAGGAGUUAGUCCCACCAACCUCGUAGAGUUCGAUGAUAUGAUUGCAAGGAAAUUGUCAAAUGUCGUCCUCACGAAGACGGAGAGGGAAGACGUUAUGGCAAAGAUUGGGCGGACGUGGAAUUCAAAGCAGCAUGUUGACAUGUGGGAUUAUUUGUGGGAGUUUUUGAGAGAGCCUGUGGAAGGGGAAGUCCGGAAAGACGAACACAUGUGGACAGACCAUGCAAGAGAAGGAGCCACGCGACGUGCACCUCAAGACUGGUGGGGAUUACAUGGUGGAGAUGUCCCGGAAUUGCAGAAGAUUGCCAUCAGAGUGUUGGGAAUGUGGAGCACAGCCAUACCUGCAGAGCGCAAUUGGGCUUCAAUGGACUUCGUCCAUUCGAAGAGGAGAAACAGCCUCUCGCCGGAGUCAUUGGAGAAGCUUGUGUACAUUCACUGGAACAUGCAGCUGCUGCGUGUUCCAGACAGCAAGGAGAAUGGCUACGUUGACACGUGGGGGUCCUUCUUCGAGCCGUUGAUGGAGCCGACGGAGGAAGAGCAGUCUGUUCAGGAGGGCACGAUGGACAAGACUGCAAACAAUGUGGAGGAGGAGAAGAGGCAACAGAGAUUGGCAAAGGCUCCGAAAGGACGGGUUCCAAAGGGGCUCGAAGAUGAGGACUCAACCGGGAGCAACGACUUCGAGGAUCUUGUGUGGAAGGGGAAGUGUUGGAACGAAACCACUUCCGACGAGAGUGAUGAUGAGGAUGACAUUGGCGAGGACUCCGGUUUCGAGUUGGGGGCAAAGCCAGCAGUCCCCGCCACUACAUACGUCAGUCGGAGGCUGAGGAGGCAUGAAAAGGAGGCGGAGGUGCUGCCUUCUGACCCCGUGGCGAGAGUGGACACAGACAUCGAGUUCUUGACGCACCCGUUGCCUGAUGCAGAGCACCCAGUACGUGAUGCACACCACCUGGUGCCUGAUGCAGACGAGGAGGAAGCAGCGCGGGCAAAGGCUAUGGCGGACAGAGAUGCUGCUCUUGUUCAGAAGCGUAUGCAGCAGGAGGAGGCUCGGCGUGCUGCUGUCCCAACCCGAAGGGAGAGAGAGAGACAAUCGAGCCAGGUUGAGAAACAUUACACACAUCACCUGGUCGACAACGUGGAAGAGGAGGCGGAUGUGCAUGCACCGCAUGAAGGCUGUUUGCAGAUUGUUGGAGAGGAUGUUCCAGGAGUCAAGGGAGAAAAAGAGAAGCGGGAAAAAAAUGAUGAACAUGAAGAAAAAGAAAAUUUGCAGCAGGAGGGAGUUCACUUGACGGAGGCUGCGGGAGAGCACUGUGAAGAACAGGGAGAAGAGCUGCGGCAACCACCACCCGCGGUGUACACACGAAGACUCCGGCCCCCUGCACUGCAAUGGCCUGCAGCGCUAGAGGAGCACCAGGAUCAGCAGGUUGUGGCUGGGGAAAAGCGGCAGGAACUGCAAGCAGCAGUCCGAGGAGCAGCACACCACAUUGCCAAGCCACCGUACCCUGCAGAGAACGAGGAUGCCCAGCAUGAUAACCUUUGGAAAAGCAGGGCGGGGCGAAAGAGGAAAGCUCUGGUGGAUGAAAUCCCUGCAAAGCCGCGCCGAGGUCGAGGCAGGCCCCCCAACCCAAAAACGGGUGAUAAUGCUCGGAAAAAGAAACAGCGCGCUGCAGGCAGGCGCCGCAAAGUCGAAGUCGCCGAGGAUGACCCCUCUUCGGAUGAGGGAGAUGAGCCAUCGGUGGGACGGAGGACGUCGCCGAUGGGUGGGCCGACAGACGCGAUAUCGAUGUUGGGACAAUGUCCUGGGGACUCUGUUCAUGAUGAGGACGGACUCGCGCUUGCCGAGGGCGGUGAUGUGGAGGUUGCGGGUCGAGUGGAGGCGGACUGGCGGGUGAAUUGUGCGGCAUUGGGGCAGCUGGUUUGUUGGUGCCCAAAUUGGCGACAAAGGAAGCAACCUCCAUUUGCUUGGAGGUGUGGUGAACUCGUCCGAGGAAGGGAUGGAGGUGGUGUCUUCAGGGCUGAUGUGAUGGAAAACGCGGGUGCGGGAGGGGGCGGGCACGGGCUGGUGAUGGGGGUGGAGUCGUCGAUCGUGGUGAAGCAUGCGAGAGAGGAGGUCAGCAAGGGGCAUGUUGGGUUCGUGGGCGAGGGCGGUUGCAAGGUCUUUGUGGCAUACUCGUUUGAUGCGGGAGAUGAACGCAAAGUCGGGAAUGAUGGUGGUGGGGAGGUGGUGGCGGAGGGAGCAGACAUAUUGGACGAAACGGUCCAUGGGACCGGUCUGGCGGAGGUGGCAGAAUUGUUCAAGGUAGUCAUCAAUGGUUUUCUGGGGGCGAAAGGUGGCAGUGAGAAGGUUGGCCCAUUGGAGGAAGGAGUGGCGUGGUCCUUCGGAGGGUCGGCGGUUGCUGACUUCAGCCAUCCACCAUUUGGCGGCAUUGUUGAGGAGCUGAGAGGUGGCAAUGGGGAGCCAGUGGGCAAGGGGCAUGUGGUCGAGGUGAAAAGAGUUUUAGUGCUAGAGGUCACGCGGUUGGAUAGGCCAGAGAUAUUGGCUUCGAUUUUGGUGAUGGACGCGCGGAUGUCCGUUUGGAAAGAGGACAUCAUGCGAACGAGGGUGGCGAUAUCGGUGGCAACGGGCUCGGAUCUUUGUUCGCCCGUAAGUUCGCGAGCGAGGUUGUCAACAGACUGGGUGUUGACGGCGGUCCUAUCGAUGCUAGAGGACUGGGCCAUGUUGGGAGAAGAUGGAGUGGAUGCGGUGGUUGAGGCGACGGCUGCGGAUGAGGUGGAGGCAGACACGGCGGCAGCGGCGAUAGGGUCUUGGUUUGGCGUGGUGGCAUGUGGAGAUGGUUGUACCAUCUUUAGCAAGAUCGAUCUCAAAUCUGGUUAUCACCAUAUUGAGAUGGCUGAAGGCGAUGCCCACAAGACAACCUUCAAGACCAGUUUUGAGCUGUCACGAGAGGAGGCUAUUUCGCCUAAGUUGUUGCCGCGAUACAUGGGUCUGUGGAAUGUCUUAGAUAGAGUGGGAGCUGAUCCAUUUGGACCAUCCUAUACAGUGGAUGUCCCUCGACAUCUACAAACCUACCACGUCUUUUAUGCAUCUAAGUUGCUGCCAUUCACAUCAGCUGAUGCAUUUCCAGACAAGCCUCCUCAGUUCGGUCCCCCUAUUCUUGGCAAGGGAUAUGAGGUGGAAUCUGUGGAGGAUGAGUCAGCCUCAUUCACUAUAGCAUCUGCGCUCGUGGACUAUGCCGCUACAGUCAUAGAGAAGUACGUGCAAGCCAACAACUGCAGCCAAUGGCUAAAUGACACUUUCACACAGAAUGGGAAGUUCGACGUGGAGGCUUUCUCUCAAUGGAUUAGGGGUAACCUGUCUGCAAGCGAUGACGUUUUUGCCGGCUGCAGGCAGAUUGCGUACCAGAUCGCUGAUCAUGAGAGCCAGUGUAGGAGGUUCUGCAGCCCACAUGAACCGAGAUUGUGCUGUGAUUCUAUUUAUCUCCCGCAUGUGGACUUGCAAAACCUUGUUGGCCUUCCCCUUGGAGAGUCCACCUCAGAAUCCAUCGAACUCGACAAAGCGAGGAACAACUUGACCUACAUCAGGAGGAUUGGGAAUUUUCAAGAGUUUUAUGUGCCCCAGGACGAGAGGGAUGCGUUAGCCAGUGAGCUAGCAGCAAUUGAGGAACCCCUGGAAAGGCAAGAAGUAGAGGAGGAGAAGAAGUUGGAAUGGAAGUUGAGGAUGAAGAGGGAGAAGAAGAGAAGGAGGGAGGAGGUUAAUAGGUUGACCGCAGAAGUGGCAAAAAUGAGGGAUUGCAAACAAGAAAUGGAGGCGCAGACUGACAUGUCUGCCAAGAUGGAUAAGGUGCUGGGAUAUUUAGAGGUCUUGGAGAAGCUCAAAGAGGCUAACUUCAAGAUCAACGCAAAGAAGUGUGAGUGGGCCAAGACGCAAGUCCUGUACUUGGGCCACGUAUUAGACGGAUAUGGCAUUAAGCCAGAGGAUAGUAAGAUCGCGGCGAUUAGAGACUGGCCGAUGCCCCGCACAUUGACAGAAUUGCGGUCGUUCCUAGGCCUAGCCAACUACUAUAGAAAGUUCGUAAGGAACUUCUCUACUAUCGCCGCUCCCUUGCGCCGGUUGCUUAAGAAAGAGGCAAUCUGGCAAUGGGACAGAGAUCGUACGUCUGCGCUAAAGAGACUGAAGCGCGCGUUAAGGUACGUCACCACGGACGCGAGUCGGUAUGGAAUAGGCGUCGUGUUGCAGCAAGACGACGACGAUGGCUAUAGACCCGUAGAGUUCAUGUCAGCGAGGAUGCCCUCAGAGAAGGUUGCUACCUUGACGUACGAGAGAGAACUCUAAGCUCUCAGGAAUGAAAGCCGACUGCAUAGAGUAUGUUCGCAGUUGCAAAGUUUGCCAGAGAAACAAGACCACUACGCAUGCCCCCCUAGGUCUUCUCAGACCCUUGCCUAUCCCAGACCAACCGGGAGAUUCAGUCUCCAUUGACUUUAUGGAUGCCGGUGUCAAGAGUAGACACGACAAGAGCCAAGUCAUGGUCAUAGUUGAUAGAUUCAGUAAAUAUGCAGUUUUUGU